GAAAGCAAGCUUGUUCACUGCAUCACUCGUCUCGAUGGAUUCAUGCCUCCUGAGCAACCCACGCAGACAGACGCCAAAAAAAGUGGUCUCCCUCGUCGCUUCCACCUUUCCGGAACAUCUUGCAAUAUCACAUACGGUAUGAAACCGAACACUCGACUCGCUCUGCUCACAGUCUGCAAGCGUUGGUACUACUUUGGACUCCACGCUUUCUACGGUUUGAACACCUUCGCCUUCUCGAGCCUGGGAGAAUUUGGCCGUUUCUGCACUGGCAUCGGAGAAGCAAGAAGAGAAAGAAUCCAGCAUAUUGAAUUGUCAAAUAUGUCUCCAAAAGGACAUGGGACGUUUCUUGGCUCUGCCAGCUGCCUCGCCUGAGAACUCUCAUUAUACAUAUCGACGAGAGUGGCCCGCAGUACACGAGUCGCCGUCACGAGCCCAAGGCCUAUGCCGACUGGAUGGCGUUUCGUGGGAUGGAGCUCAUCCAGUUUUACGACUACAACAUAUCCCGCC